AUGACGGACCAACCUAAGAAGCUGGCUGGUGAACUCGUCGUCGUGGCGUUGAAAGCUCGUGAACUCCCCAAUCGCGAGGUUGCUGGAAAGCAAGAUCCCUUCUGUGUCUUCCGUUUAGGCGAAACAGCCAAAAGAACCAAGACUGAUUAUAGAGGUGGCUCUCGUCCAAUUUGGGAUGACCAGGUCAAUCUUCCUGUUCCCGAGGGUAAAACGAAGAUGUAUAUUCAAGUUUUCGAUGAGGAUUCAAAGCAAGAAGAUUUGAUAUCCGAGAACACGAUCGAUCUAACGCAAGUGAUGCGUGAUGGAGAAGCUGAUGAUUGGUUUCCACUCCUAUACAGAGGCAAAAGAGCAGGCGAGAUUUACCUCGAGCUAACAUUCUAUUCAGCUCGACCUCCACCCAAAAGACAGCCUACACGAUUUGGAGCCAAGAAGAAACCCCAGCAAGGAUAUCAUCAAUCAUAUAACCAUCCAGCCUAUCAACAACAACGCCCUCCUGUGCCACAGCAGCAAUAUGGCAACCAACAAUAUCCUCCUGUUCCUGUUUCUUCGACGUCAACGACAUCAUCAAAACCAUCAGCUGGUCCCCCAAUUUAUCGUCCUCCAGCUCGUCCACAGGAACAAAUGGCAACUCCUCAUAUGCCUCCACCAGUUACCCCAUCUUCUUCAGCAGGCACAGCAUCACCAGCUGCUGGAGGUGUUUAUCCACCACCACCAUCAGGUCAUCAUCAUCAUCCACCACCACCACCUGUAUCACAACAUGGUUAUCCUCCUCCUCCAACAACAUCAUCCCAAGCUGGUGCACCUAUGUUAGCUUCCUCUUUUCAUCCUACAACAUCUCCUCCUCGUCCUUCAGGACCCAACUCAUUUGGUUUCCAUAUGCCACCUCCAUCUCAUGGUGGGUAUCCAGUAUCGUCUCCAGCACAACCACCACCACCACAGCAACAGCCAUUGAAUUUCCCUGAACCUCAAAAGUUCACUGGAGGGUUCAUGCCUGCUUACAAUGCUGCUAAUGGACAACCCUUUGCUGCACAUCAAUCGCCUUAUCCACCACCCCAACCACAUGGAUAUCCACCUGCUCAAGCUCCUAGUCCUUAUCCACCUCAAGGUUAUCCUCCUCCUCCAGCUCAGCCCAACCAAGGAUAUCCACCACAUCCGCCAUCCGGUUAUGGCUAUCCUCCUUAUCAGUAG